CACUCUCUUCCACUUUCUCAUUUUCGCUCUUAUAAACAAAACAAAACCCUAGCAGCCACCGCAGCGGAGCAGAAAAUGAAGUACAAUCCUAGGGUUUCAUCAUCCCGGCGCAAGAACCGGAAGGCGCACUUCUCAGCUCCAUCGUCAGUCCGCCGGAUCUUAAUGAGCGCGGCUCUUUCUACCGACCUCCGCCAGAAAUACAACGUCCGAUCAAUGCCAGUGCGCAAAGACGAUGAAGUUCAGGUUGUUCGUGGGACUUACAAGGGACGCGAAGGUAAGGUUGUUCAAGUAUACCGUCGCAAAUGGGUUAUCCACAUCGAGCGUAUAACUCGUGAGAAAGUGAACGGUUCGACCGUGAAUGUUGGGAUUAAUCCAUCGAAGGUUGUAAUUACAAAGCUUCGCCUUGACAAGGAUCGUAAGUCUCUUCUUGACCGUAAGGCUAAGGGUCGUGCUGCUGCUGAUAAGGACAAGGGUACUAAGUUCACCUCCGAGGAUAUUAUGCAGACCGUUGAUUGAUCUGUUUUGACUCUGGUGAAAUUUAUCGAAUAUUUUUGUCUUUUGAUUAAGAGUUAUUUGUUAGUUAUUAUGCUUUUGGAAUGGUGCAAGGAUAUUUUUAAGGAUUCUGCUUUUACUGUUGAACCUGGAUUUUGGUAAUGUCUUUAAAGUUUAUAUUUCACUCA